AUGCUGUGCCAAAUGCCGAAGCUCACUCCUCUACAAUCGCGCCUGGCUGCUUCCAUAUCCGCCUUGGCCCUCGUGGCUCUCAUCUACUGGUCACUAUCUAACCCACACUUCGCAUACGCCGCCGAAUUACCGCAUGACGGGAGUGGGAACUUGAGGAGCGGCGACGACCACAAUUGGCAUCGGAUAAGAGAUGAUUCCGUUGGAGGAGGUGAAGCAGGUGGUCAUGCAGAAACUUCGAUGCGUGAGGAGCAAAAGGAGUCCCACGUUGCAAGGGCGACAGAAAAUACACAGUUUCGAGGCAACAACAUUGGGACGCUGUACGAUGUCAGCGCAGGCGGCCUGGCCAUAUGGGAAUACCCAAAGGAGUACCUGACUGCGAACCACACGGACGCUGGGCCUGGUCUGCCCAGCACACCUUCAGGAAGGAAGGCUUCGUUCCAACUAAAGCAUCACGAGCUUCGCAAGCGAGGAGAGGACGAGCAGUUGCCACCAAGGCAGAGCACGAACACCGAGAACACAAUCUACAUCUCGGGCAAUACAUGCAGUCAACCUCUGUGGAGUGGGACAGAAACUCAGACGGCUGGGCCGCCUCAGCUCACGCUCUAUGUUUCGACGGCUUCCGGCAACAAGGACCUUGGGCCUAGCGGGAGCAAUCAGCAAGUCUAUCCUUUCGACAACGGCUUCGUGAAUGCUUCGGUUCCAUCAGCCAGUGGGGAUUGGUACGUCGCUGUUGCUGCACCGCAACUGCCGACGGACUUUACUGGCUCUUGGAAUUACCAGCUUGCGGCGUCCAUCGAUGGAUACUUCCACUCAGCGGAGCCGGAAGACCCUUUCCUCUACCUAGUCGAUACUGAUUCGAACGCCGCUCUACUUGUCACGGACAACUUGACUGAGGCAGAUGCGUCCGACCCUCUGUACAAGCAAUGGAUGAAUCUGACCGCUCCAUUCAUUAUCUUUGCUACCAACCAGAACAUAACGGGCACUAUGGGCUUGGAGAACUCAUUCUGCGGCUUGCAGACCUUUGCCAAAAACUACAGUCAAAUCCAGGCGUCGCAGAGUGACUUGCAAGGGAAUGAAACGCAUGUGGAGAUGGGUAUGAUCACGCGUGGCCUCGGCAAGAAGCCCAAAGAACAAUUCUACAUCACAAAUCUUAACCGGACGAGCCAGUAUACAGCGUACCUGGCUAUGGAUGGCAAUUCAACCGCUUCCGGAGACGGUGUGGUCGGAGGUGGCGGCAAGGUCUGGGGCGCCGGAGUCGACUUCACGACCAAGUCUGACGGGAAUUGCCAGCUCAUGUUCAACCUGACCUUCUGCGACGAAGUCGCCUAUGCUGUCCCCGCGAAUCCGACAAACGCCAACUAUUCUUCUUUCGAAAGACUGCAGUUCUUCUACGAAAACUACACGACUUCCUGGUACCCAACCUUCAAUUAUACCUUAUCUCAGGUGGCCUGCAACACGACCGCAGAUGCUCGGUACUCCCUGGCAAAGAACUGCACGAAUUGCGCCGCAGCGUACAAAGAAUGGCUCUGCGCCGUAUCCAUCCCACGAUGCGAAGACUUCUCCAACCAAGCCCCCUACCUACAAGUCCGCAACGUCGGGCAAUCCUUCUACAACAACGCCUCCACCCUCGACGACGACUUCCUCAACCAACAGUACGUGCCCAUGUCGGACGCGCCCACCAUCCAAGGCAGCAAUGCCUUCCAGCAGACCUACGCUUCGAGCUUCGCGACCAAUCGCUCCCGCAAUCUCCAGAUCGACGCGCAGAUCCGACCGGGCCCGUACAAGGAAGUCAAGCCGUGUGAAGAUCUGUGCUAUAGUCUGAUGCAGAGCUGUCCCGCUUCGAUGAACUUUGCGUGUCCGUAUCCCGGGCGAGGGCUGGAGGCUAGCUAUGGCUUUCGCGAUCCCAGUGGCGUGGUCACUUGUAGUUAUCUGGGAGCGGUCUACUACCAGAACGGAGCGGCCGGGUUUGCGGCGGCGGCUGCUGCUGCUGUCUGGAGGGCAGUCUUAUCUGCGAUCGCUGUGGGUGUUGUAUUGUAUUGGCGUUGA